CUAGCACAAUGGGAGACGGAGUCAUCUGCUUGGCCAUCCUGGAGUCGGGCGAAAGGAAAAAGUUGACUUUCCCAACCGGCGCCUACAGUGAGCUUGUGGCAGCACUGAAAAAUUUCACCGCUGUCGGCGACAGCACACUGAUACAGAUGUACGAUGCGGACUUCAAUGACUUUAUAGACCUUGAAAAGGAAACAAAAGCGGCCGACAAGGCCAAAAUGAAAGUUACCAGGAGAGUGGCCAUUUCUGCUGAUGAUACAAGCUCUCUCGACAACUGCUCUCUUGAUCUGCCAAGUGGCUCUAGUAUGUGCUCUCCUGGUGAGCAUGAGGUGGUUACCGUACCUUUGCAGAACAAGCAGGACUAUCUGGAAUUUAAACUCUCAAAUUUUGAUCCCUAUGAAAGGGUGCUCGAAAGUGGAACCCCCAUCAGUAGUUCGCUUCGGCGGUUUAUUGUCGGCAGACUCUUUCAAGAAUGCUACAAGACUGCAUGGUUCUUGGGUAUUCGGCAUUCGAAACAACUUCAAAAACUUGACAAAAAAGACCGAGUGGUGUACAGAGAGAAUGGAGGAGAUUAAAAGGAAGUUCUUGCACAAGUCUGCGACCACGACGUCUGUCUCCGACGAAGGCACAAGCGGCAGGAUCUCUCGCUUGUCUGACUGCAGCCACCUUGUUCACGGGGAGACUGCAGAGUCAGUGGAGAGGCACAGAGACUGGUUAAAUGUCAGUGCAUCAUCAUCUGAUGACGCAGAGCUCCGGCCGUGGCUUUUGGCAACAGCCAAAGCACGUCAGGAACAGCUGCAGACUGUUGGAUGUGGCAGAACCAUUACUUCUUUUUCCUUUUUUGUCAACUAAGUCAUCAGUAUGCUCAGAUGUGUUCUAUUAGAUGUACAGGGACUAAUAUUUUCUUUACUUCCAGCUGCUUAUGGAGUUCGAUAUACUCUUUAAGUGUGACAUCCUCCAUAACUAGGAAGCAGGACUAACCCACUUGUUGAAUGUCUUUCUGAAGAAUGGGAGCGAAGCGGAAAUGGCUGCUUUAUCAGCAGCUUUUGGUAAAUUUGGGCACUCAUUUACUUUUGCAUAUACUAUUAUGUUUACCCAGUGCAUUGGCUGCUGCAAUUUUAAUCAUGAUGGCGUGAACUGUCGCAAAAUAGUAGGUUUACACAAUGUCUAUACAGACCCUACUAGCACGAUUUUUGAAAUCCAGAUCUGCAAGUAGCAUUUUCUUAAGUAUAAGCUGUGGCUUUUCUGCUUAAGCAAUAUCUAGACAUUUGCUUUUUACGGAAGUUAUUCAAAUUUUCUGGUAAUGGCUUGGCAAAAAUGCCCUUACUUCUAAUGAAUGAUUGCCCAACCACGUAAGGUCUUGUCAUCAGUGUCCAUAGGUACCUGAUACAAAUUUAUAAUAUAGGCCUCUUGGUUAUGCAUGAUUCAUUGUGGUGCAUAAUUGAUUGUCCGAAUCCAUAUCCAAUAGUUUCGUGGAAAAUACAACAGCAAUGUGUAUCAGCAGCAUGACACUGUAUUGGCACAUUGUUUUUUUCUCAAUUUUAUUUCAGUAAUUUUGGCAUGUGGCAGUCGGCUGCUGUGGUACUAAGUAACUUUUAACCUAGGAACAUAGUGGUGCCUUAGCACAGAGCGGACACAAAAGAAGGGGCGUGCAAAAAUGUAUAACUUUCGAAUAAUCAAUCACACGGUGGCCUAUCCGAUUUUGUUUUCGAAUCAAAUAGUCGCUAUUCGUGAAUUAGAAUGUUUUUCUAGUACCUAUCGAAUAAUUCAUACUCUGAAGAGUCCUGUGCAUGUUAAGAAACUACUUGUUGGUUCUUACUGCUUCAUUUGUGCUUUCAAUAAACAGUCAUAACAUACUUUGUAAUGACAGAUAGUAGCACGUGAACAUUUUAUAUUGGUUUGAUAACGACUGUUCAUUAUUCAAAAACUAUUCAAUAUCCAAUUCGAUUGGCUAAUGGCACCAUUUGAUUCGUAUUAGAUUUGUUCUCAAAAAUGGCUAUUCACUCACCCCUACACAAAAGACAACCACAGCUAAUAUGUUGUGCCAUUGCAUACUUGUAUAAUUUUGUGUUAUUGCUUUGUGCCAGAGCACGAAAAUGAAUUUUUUCCAGUUAGCCUCAUUUUCACUUCUGUAACAUAACAAAUACUUUCACAUGCCACUUUUGGCUGCUGGCUGUUUUUCUGGAGUGCAACUAGUUAGCUUCCAAGUAACACAUUAGUAAGCUUUAAAUUCGCUAUAUAUUAGCGAUAUGCCACUAAAAAUUCAACGAAAUUUUUCAUUUCAAACUUCAGGACUCAUGGCCUCUUUGUUGCUGUCUUUACCCUUAAGGGAUGUCGUGAUGCGGCAUUGAAUUCCUUCGAACAAGACUUCAUAUGAUGUUCUUGAAUUUCUGUAUCAUUAAAAAUAUGUGUCGGCUUUUUGUGCUUGUCUGCCAUGCCAGAAAACGAGACAUGCUAGCCACCAGAUUUCGUCUGUUGCACUAUAUUUCGAAGUAUGCGGCUCAGCCAGUCUACAAUAUUCCAUAUUAGCAAGUUGUCCUUGGCACAGCACUUUGAAGAUCUAGAAGCAUUGAUUUAAGCAUAUUAUGUCUAUAGAGUCAGUUCAUACUACAGUGUUUAAAUUGCUUAUUGUUUUCUCUUUAUUAAGUUAGCUUGCAGGGUUGAGUGAAGUUGCAUGCUAGCUAAUGUGAAAGAACAAUAAGGCAGGAGAAAACUUCGUUUCAUUGGGAAUGUAAUAUAUUUUUCCUUGCAUAAUUCAGCCUUUCCCCACUUAUGCUCUUGUCCCUUCUGUGUCAAUACUAGCAGUUGGCAAAUGUGGUCUACAAUGUGAUGCAUGUAUCAUGAAAAGUUGCAAUGUUUCUUGCUUCCGUAAACAAGCACGUCAUUUUGCAUUUGCUUUUGCCCUUAAUUCCCUUUUGUCAUGGGUCGACUGUUGCAUCUCUGGAAUUGGAUGUCAAGGAAACCAUCGGACUCCACAUUCACAUCUUUGCUUAUGAGCUCCUCUAGCUAAUUCUUUAUGCAUCUACAGAUGUGAGCGAUAUAGUUCUUUCCACAAGUGAGAGGAAUGUAAUUUAUGAAAGACCAGGUGCAUAUUAUGCAUUUGUCCUUACGCAUGCUUUAUUUUUGCGUUUGAAGCAAGCAUUUCCUUCAGGCCUUCUCUUCCUACAGAGGCUUACUAACUAACAGCGCUGAAAGAGUGGGGCUAACAUUACUCCUUCCAACUAUCUCGUUUAAUGUGUGGAAAUCAUUUCACAUUGAGGAUGCCAACAGCAUUCCGCUUGUUAAUGGUGCUUGUAUUAUGCGAUUGCUGAGAAUUUCUUCUGAUUUUUUUUAAACAGGCCUCUGGUCACUGAUAGGAGCUCAUAGUUCCAGCCUAUCCUAGAUGUGCGCGUUGUUUAAAGCACUUGUGUGGGAAUUUCUACCAUGAUUUCUCAAUAUUUCCCGCUUAACACAAUUUGUAUGAAUGGAAUGAAAUGGUAAAAGUGGCUUACUUGUUCUAGGUUCCUAGGACCAAAUUUAUUCUGGUACUACAAACGUAAAGCAAGAAAGCAAGUCUUGCCAUAUCAUUUCAUGCAUAACAAACUUUGUAAAGAAACGAAUAGAAAAAAAUCUACUCAAAUACUCGUGCCCCAACCUUGUGCACAAUAGCUUCAGACAAGGUGCAGGUUUAGGCCACGUUUAGAGAUAACGAUACGCUGAUGUGAAUCCCCAGGAGACUGAAUUAAAAAGCACAAGAAAAGUUCUCAGCAACCGCAUCAUACAAGUGCCAUCGACGAGAGAGCUGUUAUCACCAACAUUGCAGAUUUCUGCCACAUAUCAGAAGAGAGAGCCUGAAGGAAUACCAUUAGCUUUGUUCUUUCAGUGGCUGAUAAGUUGGCAAGAUUCUGUAGAAAAGGCCUGAAGGAAGCAUUUUCUUGCCAUGCAAGAAAUAAAACAAAAACAAAUUCAGAACAAGCUAGAAAUAUCUCAACUUUCGGUGAUGCAUUCAUUAUUAGUAAACUCCCAGCAUGGCUACCAAAAAGAAAAAAAAAAAGAACUUGAAUACCUUUGUUUGAAUUAAACAACGCGCCUUCUAAUAAUUCAUUUGGCUUCGGAAGUGUUCACUGGUAGCUCCUGUUUUCUUUGUGCAUAACUAGCAAUAUACAGGUGUUCAUGAUGUCUAGAAAAAUAAAAUAUGUUGGAAGUUCGU